ACGGCUAGUGAAGUCCAUUGGCGAUGGCCUCCAGCUUCAAGAAGGCCAACAUGGCAUCGAGCACUCAGCGAAAAAGGAUGAGUCCUAAGCCGGAGCUCACUGAAGAGCAGAAGCUGGAAAUCCGGGAAGCUUUUGAUCUCUUUGAUGCUGAUGGAACUGGAACCAUAGAUGUUAAAGAACUGAAGGUGGCCAUGAGGGCACUGGGUUUUGAACCCAAGAAAGAAGAGAUCAAGAGAAUAAUAUGUGAAAUUGAUAAAGAAGGGACAGGAAAAAUGAACUUUAGUGACUUUUUGACUGUGAUGACUCAGAAAAUGUCUGAGAAAGAUACUAAAGAAGAAAUCCUGAAAGCAUUCAAACUCUUUGAUGAUGAUGAAACUGGGAAGAUAUCUUUCAAAAAUCUCAAACGUGUGGCCAAGGAUCUGGGUGAGAACGUCACUGAUGAGGAGCUGCAGGAAAUGAUCGAUGAAGCCCAUCGAGAUAGAGACGGAGAAGUCAAUGAGCAAGAGUUCCUGCAGAUCAUGAAGAAGACCAGUCUUAUUAAAACCAUUCUUAUUUUUUUCUACGGCAAGCAUCCCGCGGGCCCCGGCUGCGCGCCCCCUCCCUGCGCGGCCCCCGGCGCGGACUACAAGUCCCAGGAAGCCCAGGGCAGGCGCGGGGCGGGGCCUGGCCCAAUUCCCCGGGAUCCGGCGCGCUGGGAAGCGCCGGGGAGGACGCGGCGGGCGGCGGCCGGAGGGCGGGGGCAGGGGGGCGAGCGCGCGGGCGGCGGGGCGGGGCGGGGCGGGGCCGACGUGGGCCCGGGCCCUGCGUGCCGGGGAGGGGGCCGGCCCGGCGGGCGGCGGGUGGCGCUCGGCGCGGGCUCCGCGGCUGGCAGCGGCGGCUCGGUCCCGGGCUCGGCGGGCGGCGCACGGCGGGCUCGGCACGGAGGCCCCGGCGUGCCAGGGCGGCACAGCGGGCAGCGCGCGGACCCACGCCGCGACCGGGCGCCCCGAGCGGCGCGGCACUGCCCCGGGGGCCGGCCCUCGGCCCCGGCGCUCGGAGCGCGGCGGCUGCCUGGGCUUUAA